CUAGACUCAGAUUAGAGAGCCAAUAGAGAGCUGCUGACAUGGAAAUUUCCUCAUCCACGCUAUCUCCCCCUUCUUCUACUUAAUACCUUUCUAGUCUUUCUCUUUAAUUCAGCAAUUCAUACUCUAAAAUUCGAAAAAAAGGAACAGGUAGAGUAACAGAGAAGCCCUAAAUAACAUGGCUACAUCUGCAAUCCAACGCUCCGCAAUUGCUGGUCAAACUGCUUUGAAGCAGCAGAAUGAGCUCAUCCGCAGGGUCGGAAACAUUGACGGUGGUCGCAUCUCCAUGCGUCGUACCGUGAAAAGCAUUCAACAAAGCAUGUGGUAUGGUCCUGAUAGACCUAAGUACUUAGGCCCAUUCUCGGAGAAAACCCCAUCAUACCUCACUGGUGAAUUCCCUGGUGACUAUGGUUGGGACACAGCCGGGUUAUCAGCUGACCCAGAAACAUUUGCUAAGAACCGUGAGCUCGAAGUGAUCCACUGCAGAUGGGGCAUGUUGGGUGCCCUAGGUUGUCUCUUCCCUGAGAUUCUCUCAAAGAACGGUAUCAACUUUGGUGAGGCGGUAUGGUUCAAAGCCGGGUCACAGAUCUUCUCCGAGGGAGGUUUGGACUACCUUGGAAACCGCAACUUGGUACAUGCCCAAAGCAUCCUUGCAAUCUGGGCUACUCAAGUUGUUCUAAUGGGGUUUGUUGAGGGAUACAGAGUUGGUGGUGGUCCACUUGGAGAAGGACUAGACAAACUUUACCCCGGUGGAUCUUUUGACCCUCUAGGGUUAGCUGAUGACCCAGAGUCCUUUUCUGAAUUGAAGGUAAAGGAGAUCAAGAAUGGAAGACUUGCUAUGUUCUCCAUGUUUGGGUAUUUUGUUCAGGCUAUUGUUACAGGAAAGGGUCCAAUUGAAAACCUUUAUGACCAUGUUGCCGAUCCUGUUGCAAACAAUGCAUGGGCUUAUGCUACUAACUUUUCUCCUGGAAAAUGAAUGUUAUACUUUCUGGGGUGUAUAAGGCUUGCUAAGUCUUCUGUAGUUGUGUGUAUAUGGUAAUUUGUAUUUGUAACUAAAAUUGAUCUAUUCUUAUUUUGUUCUUAAUUAAGUUGCACAUUCGUGUUUAUAAAACUUGCACGAAAAAUCAAAUAUUUUGUUUUUA